AUGCAGCAGCGAUGCGUUGCGGAGAUUGGGCCAGCUGAACUUGAUGCGGCGAUCCAGGGCAGGGGAGCUGUUGUUCUCGAUGUUUACGCGGUGUGGUGUGGACCCUGCAAAUUUCUUGAGCCUGCACUGACCAAGCUUGCGCGUCGACUAACAAGUGGCGAGUUCGAUGAGGACGGCAUUCCAGGCCCUCAGGUGCUGCGGCUGGACAGUGAUCGAUACACUACCAAGGCAACCGCGCUCGGCGUGGAGGGCCUUCCUACGGUGAUUUUUUUCAAGAACGGUGUGGAAACAGGCAGAUUCGAAGGCGCCGUCAGUUUGUCUCAGUUGGAGGAUGCAGCUGCGAGAGCACUGGGGAUGGUGGAGCUCCUAGAUGAUACUGGAAGCUCUGCGGAAGUCAGCAGCUUGGAGGAAUUGGAGUUGACUGUGCAAAUGGAAGAGAUUUUGCUUCUCGGAGUCCUCGGCAGCGGAAAGUCGGAAGAGAACUCGGUGGCUUUGGACGGCACGCUGCAGCUACUUCGACGCCAACUCGGUGGGCAGCUGCAAGUCCUCACCUUGGAUGCCGCCAGAAUACCAGGAGUGGGCGAAAGCCUUCAGCUUGGUGACCUGCCAGCUGUCGUGAUUUUUCAGGAUGGCCAGAAGAUUAUGCAGCUGGAAGGUGUGGAUGCAGCCGCAGCCAGUGUAGAAGAUCUUCAAGAGGCACUGGAAGAUGUUGCUGGGCCCUCGGCUUCCGCUGGCUGA